UCAAUGGCUUAGAUUAAAUCCAUCAAUUCUAGAACUAUUAAAAUAGAUAAUGCAACCGAUGUACCUAAAAAUAUAAAAUCCCUUCAAUUAAUAUAAAAUUCAAAUGGCAUAUACAUAUUAUAUGCAACAUAAUAAGUAUUCAUUAUUUAUAUAUUUUUAGGAAGCCUAAGAGGCUUAAUAGCAAUUAAACACUUAAAAAUUUCAUGCUACAUUAAUCAAUGAAGUUGAAUAAGAAGUUUAUACUAUUAGUGUUCUUAACAUUCCUAAUACAACUAAUGUAUAAUUAUAAUAGGCCUUUUCAAUAUUUGGCGAUAUUGCUUAUAUCACUAUUUUGAAAGAUGAUGAUGGUGAAUCAAAAGGAGUUGGUUAUGUAACCUUUCAAAAUAAAGAAGCAUAUGAUAAAGCUAUCAUAGCCAAGACUUUAAUUUUUGAAGAAAAUAUUUUGACAAUAUUAUAGAAAUAACCUAUUCAUAUUAUGGAAAAUAGAUUCAAAUAAUUGAAGCUUAGAAAACAAUAAUUAGAUAAGAAAAAACUUAAACAUAAUAAAAUAGAUAAUGUUUAAAUAUCAUAAGUUGAAGUUAAUUUAGUAAUAUUUAUUAAUAAAAUUAGGAUUUGGAAUUAAAGAAUGAAAUGAGAACAAGUGGAAGAGUAAUCAGAAAGAAAAUCAGAAAAAUUAAAUCUAAAGUAGGUGAUGAUGAUUUCGCUUUAGUCGCAAAAAUGAAAUAAUUUAAGAAAGGAAUAUAAAAGAAAUAAGAUUAAUUCUUUAGAAUUCCAUCAUAAUUAAAAGCUAAAAGAGAAUAAAGAAAAUUAAAAAUGGAAUAAAAUAAAAAAAAAGCAAACAAAUUACAUAAAAAGUGAU